GUCUGCGCCUACACGGACUGUUUUUGGUGCAGUACUGCAUAACACGGAAGUGAAGCACUGCCCCUGCUUCUGUUUAUGUCUUGGUUCGGGAUAGAGAGCCUACUUUCACUAAAACCAUGGCAGUGAGCGCAGUUCACCUGGAGUCCGACGCCUUCCUGGUGUGCAUGAAUCACGCGCUGAGCACGGAGAAGGAGGAGGUGAUGGGUCUGUGCAUCGGACAGGUGGAGAACGCCCGGAUCGUCCACAUCCACUCCGUCAUCAUCCUCCGCCGCUCGGACAAGAGGAAGGACCGGGUGGAGAUCUCCCCGGAGCAGCUGUCAGCGGCCUCCACGGAGGCUGAGCGGCUGGCGGACAUGACCGGCAGACCGAUGCGGGUGGUCGGCUGGUACCACUCCCACCCUCACAUCACCGUGUGGCCGUCCCACGUAGACGUGCGGACCCAGGCCAUGUACCAGAUGCUGGACCAGUGCUUCGUCGGGCUCAUCUUCUCCUGCUUCAUCGAGGACAAGAAUACGAAGACGGGGCGCGUGCUGUACACCUGUUUCCAGUCCGUGCAGGCUCAGAAGGGCUCCGAGUACGAGCGCGUGGAGAUCCCCAUCCACGUAGUGCCGCGCGACGCCAUCGGCAAGGUGUGCCUGGAAUCGGCGGUGGAGCUGCCGCGGAUCCUGUGCCAGGAGGAGCAGGACACCUACCGCAAGAUCCACAGCCUGGCACACCUGGACCCCGUCACUAAGAUCCAUAACGGCUCCGUGUUCACUAAGAACCUGUGCAGCCAGAUGUCGGCGGUGAGCGGGCCGCUGCUGCAGUGGCUGGAGGACCGGCUGGAGCAGAACCAGCAGAGCAUCGUGGAGCUGCAGCGGGAGAAGGAGAGGCUGCUGCAGGAGCUGGCCGCUCUGUGAGCCGGGAGGACAGUCUGGAGACCACAAUCAGUUCCUUCAAAACGACCUUCUGCUCUGCUCGUCUUAGCUUUCUUACGGUUUUCUUACCUCCCAGGCAGGUGUGGGUCGAACAUCAGUACUUUGUUGGUACCAACAGAAAAGUGUUUGUGGGAUAGAAUAUCAGAAACUAAAAUACCAAAAGUUGGCAUUGAAUGUCUGGUCAGAUUUGUUGUCCUGGUUACUUAUUCUUGAUCGCAUAUUUCCUUAUUCAUCAAUCAUAUUUUGACAAAACUGUGACUGCAUUAUUUAGGUAAAGUUCUUUGAGCAGUGCUAUGGCUGCAACUGAUUACUUUCAUUAUUGAAUAAUCUGCUCUCAAUUAAUUAAAAGAAAAAGAGUCCAGAGAAUGUCUUGUUUUGUCCAGAGAACCAGAGAAUAUUUCACAUUUUUGCAUGGAAAAAUCUUUUUUUUUUUUAAAUUGAUCAUCAAUACUGAUUGGUUUAAUGAUUACUUCUUUCAGCUCUUCAUGGAGUGUAGAAAACUGUCAAGUACGGAAACCUGUCUGGUCAUAUUUGUAGUUUUGCUUAUUAAUUCUUUGAGCAGAUAGUUUUAAAUAAUUACCUGGUUUAUUUGGAGCAUCGGGUUCAUUUUGUUAAAAAGAAAAAAGUUAAAGUUUUUUGUACAAAGAAAAAUGUUUAUACUCCUCAAACUUGGGUACUGAAAGGUAUCCUUUUGGUAAUUUAUGGAGUCCAAAUGUAUUUUUAAUCUAUUAUGCACAGGUUAAUAAUUAAUGCACAAUUGAUGUGCAUAAGCUAUUAUCUUAUGUGCAUAAGAUAUGAAUUGCAAUCAAUUAUACAGUAUCAUGUUGGCACCAGUAUUAAAUAAUUUCACGAUACCCAGCUCCUCCCCAGGCUGCUGCUGUUUCCAUUCAUUUCAGUCUAGUUUUGAAAUCAACUUAAAGAGACUUGAGAUUUGCUCGAAAUCAUCCAUCAUUCAAAUGAACAUUAGUAUAGUUUGGUAUAGAGCACAAUCGAACAAAAAAAUGAAUCAGUAAGAGUUUGGAUAAUCAUUAUUCUCAUAAUAUUUAAGCAAAAAUGUCAAAAACUCUCUGGUUCCAGCUUCUGGAGUGGGAGGAUUAACUGCUUGUCUCUGUUUUCUGUCAUUGUAAAUGUAAUAUUUUGGGGUUUUGGACUAUUGGUCAGACAAACAACAAAUUUGAAGACAUUAUUGGGCUCUGGGAAACUCAAUUUUGAGUAUUAUAGAGAAUAUUAUAGAAUAUUAUUAACAAUAUCUGUGAAGUCCGUUCCACUAGAUGCCACUAAAUCUUACACACUGGACCUUUAAAAUGUCCAAAAGUAGCAAAGUCGACACAGUUUACCAGAACACAAGGUCACGUCUAGAUAUUUCUUGCUUUGGAGCUACAUGUUCAACUAUCACAUAUUGAUGUAACGUUUGUGUGUCCAGAUACUUUUGACCACAUAUUGUGCCUUGAUUUGUCAAGUAUUUCAUUCUGCUAUAUCUGCUUAUUUUACAUAAUGCGACAGAGGCUAAUGGUUAACUAGAGGGAAAGCUGAUGGUGUAAAAUAUUAAGUGAUUUAUAGAAACAUGCAAAACUACAGCUGGGAACAUGCAGUGGUCAUGAAGAGUCUCCUUCCCUCAAUAAAAUCACUGACUGAGCCCGCUGACGGACGAUGUGCCUUUGGACUAAUCAAAGUGUUAUUGUAGAUAUUGUACACUGUAUAUGAAGGGUAUGGGGUGUAAAGUAUGUAGGGACAGUUACUAUUUGACUUUUGUUCACCAUGUUUUGUUAAUGCUUUGUCUUUCUGUUCUGCCUUAUCCCAGAUUUAUAAAACCUGAUAUUGUUUUUCUUUUCCUCUCAGGUGGGAUUUAAAGGAGCAUUAUUCAGGUGUGACUAAUGUGUUAUGUUUUUGUCUGAAAUGUCAGCAUCCAGCAACUGUAAAAUAAAAUAUCUUUUGAAUAUUAA